AUGUUGACCUUGAAGUUGACCGUUGGACUGGCGACAGGUCUCUGGACCUGUAUGGUACAAGCGCUGCCAUAUGACCAUUCCGACUCCUUGGUCAACGCGGCGAUAGAUAACGGAACCUUCAAGGACCCUUCUGUGUUUGUGCGACCACGGUAUCGAUAUUGGGUGCCAGAUGCAAGUGUCGAUGCAGCAGUUCUUCGUGAAGAUAUAGCAGGAGCCAAAACUUCUGGGGCUGGCGGUGUGGAGGUUUUGGGAUAUUACCUGUACGGAGGCACACCGGAAGGAACAGGCAACUUCGCACCCGAUGACUGGUCGAUAUACGGCUGGGGAACACCUGCAUGGACAGAUGUUUUCCAUACCCUGGCGCAGGCCCACAAGGACAAUGGAUGCAUCAUGGAUUUUGCUAUGGGUCCUAACCAAGGUCAAGGAGUGCCUGCACCUGAGAACUCUGAGGGCCUGAUGUAUGACCUUUACGCCUUUAACUUUACCGUUCCACUCGGUGGCUCUUGGAGUGGGAAAUUGCCGGGUUGGGACUCUGUCGAGGGCACCGUCAAAUUGCAAGCUGUCAUUACUGGACUUGUUACCAACUCAGUAAAUGUCACCGUGCCUAGCACUAGCAUGACAUCUCUAAACACUACCGGCACCUAUCCCAGCCUUCCCGGGGAUGGUCCAUUUGAUAGAACCCAAGUCACAUUGGCCACAGGUUCUUUACAGGACCUCACAAGCCACGUCAGGUCGGAUGGAAACUUGCACGUUUCCUUCCCCCACAACAGCACCGGGCUAUAUCAUGAGGUGUUCGUCAUUUAUCAGAUCCACAACGGCUACCGUGCCCAGCAGAAUCCAGCCUUCAUGCGCGGACCUCAAACUACGCCGAAGACGUGGCAGCAGAAUGGCAGCUGGGCUGUUGAUCAUUUCUCUGCUCUUGGUGCAAAGACGAUGACCGAUUACUGGGAGAAGUAUAUUGUUCCCGAGGAGUCUGAGCUAAAGAAGUUGCUGCAGGAGGUUGGCAACUACGGUUGGGAGGACUCCAUAGAGACAAGAGCAAAUGUCUUCUUCACCGAGAAUUAUACUACCAGUUUCAUGGGAGACCACGGAUACGACAUCAGCAAGUACCUCCCGAUUCUAUUCCAUCAGAACAAGAUCGGAUUUGAUACGGAGCCGACAGUCUGGUAUAUUACCGAUGAGCCGGAUGCUGGUGACAGCCAUAUUGCAGACUACCGACAAACACUGACAAAUCUCUACGGAAUCUACGUCUCUACAUUGGAGGCUUGGGCAGAGGACUAUUUGAAUCUUCAGUUUAGCGCUCAGAUUUCUUAUAAUCUGCCCAUGGAGAUGCUUCAGAACGUCCCUCUAGUGGGUGGGACGGAAUGUGAAUCGUUAGGGUUCAACCACCUCAUCGAUGGUUAUCGACAAUAUACGGGACCGGCAAAUCUGGCCCAGAAGCGGUUGGUGUCGACCGAAGAGGGAGCGAUUCACGAAGAAGCCUAUCAGCAAACAAUCCCUGAAUGGCUCUGGGACGCUAAGCGAACAAUCGCAGGAUCGGUCACUCAGUUCAUCAUUCACGGGUACCCUUACUCUGGAGAGUACGGCAAUACGACAUGGCCCGGCUGGAGUACAUUUGACUACGCAUAUUCAGAAAUGCAUGGGCCACGCCAGCCAGCAUGGGAGUUUUACAAGGACACAUUCCUUGACUUCUUGGCUCGACACUCCUUUAUUUUUCAAUCUGGCAUUCCGAAGAGAGAUGUUGCGUUCUACAUGUACAUCACAACUUUCCCCGGCAUCGUGAGAAACUACAUGCCAACAGACUUGGAAGAAGCUGGCUACACCUACGAGUAUUUGUCGCCUAACAAUUUUGACCUGCCUCAGGCUUACGUUAAAAAUGGUGUCUUGGGGCCCGACGCGCAAGAGUUCAAGGCCCUUGUCGUGCGUGGGAACGAUUCCAUGACCGUUGCGGGUGCGGAGGGAAUCGCCAGAUUUGCCCAUGCAGGCCUUCCAAUCAUCUUUUCUGGUGGUAUUCCAACAUACUUAGCCAGCUAUAAUCAGAGCGGCUCAGAGUAUGCCAAGAAGACACUUCAUAGCCUGACAUCACUUCCAAAUGUGCACCAGGUUCCUUAUGAGGGCCUUGCCAACACCCUUGACUCUCUCGGUAUUACACCUGGCACCAAGGUUGUGGCGGACAAUACCUGGUAUACAUACUGGCGGCAAACGGAUGAUUUCAACUACUUUUUUGUCUACAACGAUGCUCUAGCCCCCUCAACAUGGGGUCUCGGAAACGGUUACAGCGAAGGAAGCGUCCAAUUUGCCAGCUUGGGGACUCCAUACAUUCUGGAUGCUUGGACAGGAGACCAAAUUCCGAUUCUGAACUACACGCAGUCAGCAAACUCCACCAAAAUCCCUUUUCAGUUAGCCGGAAACCAGUCCGUCAUUGUCGCCUUUGAUCUCUCUUCAUCUGAUGAGGACACCCAUGGAUCUGCGUCUGGACAAACCUACAAUGUUCAAGAUCUUUCGCAAUACUACCCGCCCAAGUCUUCAUCGGACCCAAUCGAGAUCAACAACUGGACAGUUACGAUUGAACAUUGGGAUCCUCCGUCAGACCUGUAUAAAAUGCUCCCUAGUGAUACUGUCAAGUACAACACGACGCACAGCCUCCCCAAUGGCUUGAAGUCCUGGAAAGACCUUGAUAGCAAUCUGACGACCACAAGCGGCCGAGGUUAUUAUACUUCUAUAUUUAGCUGGCCUUCAUCGGAUCACUCGAAAUCGGCAAUCAUUGACUUUGGCGCUAUCUUCCAUACGUUACGCGUCACUGUGAAUGGUCAUACCUUGCCACCCAUGGACCCAACAUGGGCCCGGGCGGACAUAACGAAAUACCUCAGACCUGGAAAGAACAGAGUAGAUGCACUGGUCACUACACCGCUUCUCAAUACCAUGCGUCCGCUGUGGUCAGAGCUGGAGAGCGGCGCGAAUGGCACGGCGACCCCAAUUAGUGGGCAGCCACCUCAGGAUUAUGGCCUUCUUUCUUCAGUGAAGGUCAUUCCCUACUAG